GAGUAGGAUUUUAGAGCAGCAAAUGUGGGACCCAGAAGUGGCAUAUUGGGUUUGACCAAUCCCAUUUCCCAACCAAGUUAGAUGCCAUGCCAUGCCACCACACGUGUGGGAGAAGUCAGAUGAGGGUCAGAGAGGGUGGCAGGCCCAGUCCCCUCUCUCUGCCUGUUGGGUAUGUUCCUCUGUUCCAUCUCAUAUAAGAGAAAGCAAAGCGUGACAUAGCUAAAGAGAAUUUGCAGAGCCUUCAGAUUUAGCUACCUCUUUAUUUUUAUUAUUAUUAUCAUUCAUUAAUCAUUUCUCGUACCAAACACAACACACUCUUCUCCUCUCUUAUCCCAUUACAAUGCCUGGGAGUUUAGAACCGUUAGAUUUGGGUGUUCACAUACCCUACCACUUCCGAUGCCCUAUCUCGCUCGAACUCAUGCGAGACCCAGUAACUGUCUGCACCGGUCAAACCUACGACCGCGCCAGCAUCGAGGCAUGGGUCAGCACCGGCAACACCACAUGUCCGGUCACACGCGCCACUCUCACCGACUUCACCCUAAUCCCGAACCACACCCUUCGCCGCCUUAUCCAAGAGUGGUGCGUUGCUAACCGCGCUUUUGGCGUCGAGCGAAUCCCCACUCCCAAACAGCCCGCAGACCCUGCCUUAGUUCGCUCUCUCCUCAACCAAGCUUCUUCCGAUUCUGCCCCUGCUCACCUUCGCCUUUCUUCUCUCCGCCGACUCAGACAACUCGCUCGCGACUCGGACAAGAAUCGUUCUCUCAUUGCCUCUCACAACCUUCUCCAGAUCCUUCUCCCAAUCGUUUUCAACAACGGUUCUGACGAGUUGAGUCACGAGUCGCUCGCGCUGCUCGUUAUGUUUCCGCUCGGCGAGUCGGAAUGUGCUUCGCUCGCAUCUGAUUCGAUGAAGAUUGGCUAUUUAUCGCGGAUGUUGGCGCAUAACUCGUUCGACGUCCGAGUCAACUCGGCCGCGUUGGUUGAGAUCGUCGUCGUCGGGACGCACUCGCCGGAGUUACGCGCGGAGGUGAGCAGUGUCGACGAAAUCUACGACGGAGUGGUGGAUCUGCUCCGGAGCCCGAUCUCUCACCCGCGCGCGCUCAAGAUCGGGAUCAAGGCCUUGUUCGCGCUUUGUUUGGUGAAGAAUACGCGGCAGAAGGCGGUGGCCGCCGGCGCGCCGGCGGUGCUCGUGGACCGGCUGGCGGACUUUGAGAAGUGCGACGCGGAGAGGGCGCUGGCCACGGUGGAGCUGCUCUGCCGGAUUCCGGCGGGAUGCGCGGCGUUUGCAGCGCACGCGCUGACGGUGCCGAUGCUGGUAAAGAUAAUCCUGAAGAUCUCCAACCGCGCGACGGAGUACGCCGCUGGUGCGCUGCUCUCGCUGUGCUCGGAGUCGGAGCGGUGCCAGCGCGAGGCGGUGGCGGCGGGCGUGCUGACUCAGCUUCUGCUUCUCAUGCAGAGCGAUUGCACGGAGAGAGCGAAGAGGAAGGCGCAGAUGCUGCUGAAGCUUCUUCGGGAUUCGUGGCCGCAAGAUUCCGUCGGAAACUCUGACGAUUUUGCAUGCAGUCAGGUCGUUGUGGUUCCCUUUUGACCGAUUUUAUUUUUUGUAACAAUCUCCAUCAUUUUAGUGAAAAAAAUGUUUAGAUUUGAAGAAAAAGAAAGCUUAAUUAGGGAGUUUUUUUUUUUUGGUUUAGAUUGGUAAAUAAAUAGAUCUGCAAUGUAAUUCUGUAUUUAAUUAUUAUUUUUUUCUCUUUGGUUUGUAUGUAACGAUUAUUGUGAAGAACGAAAGCAAAAAUGUUUGAUCAGAGAGUUGUAAUUUUUGUAAGAUGGAAAAAAUUUAUCAAUAUAGAGCUAACUUUUUCUGUUUUCUA